AUGCCUAUAAAAAUCAAAGUCGAGUUUUUGGGAGGUCUCGAUGUGAUUGCAUCGUCAGUGCGUGACCACAAGGUUACUUUGCCAUACGAAGAAGGCGAAGCGACAAUGAAAGAAGCUGUAAAUUACAUUGCUGAGAACCUAGUUACUGAUCCAAAGGAUAUUCCAGUGUUUAUUGAAGAUGGCACUGUACGUGCUGGUAUAUUGGUAUUAAUAAAUGAUACGGACUGGGAGUUGGAAGGGAAAGAGGAUUAUUUGGUUGAAAAUGGAGAUGUAUUAAUUUUUACAAGUACCCUACAUGGUGGAUAA